CCAAGUGCUUGUGGAGUCCGAAGACCUGUCCCCGUUCCUGGUGCCUGGGUACCCACCGCCAGCAUGGAGGCUCGCCGCGCGCGGCAAAACGCUCUCAAAGUAAAGAACUUAAAGAAUGUCAGAUAUAUGAAGUUGAUUUCCAUGGAAACAUCGUCAUCCUCUGAUGACAGUUGUGACAGCUUUGCUUCAGAUAAUUUUGCAAACACAAAACCAAGGCCAGAUGUCACUAACGAAUUGGCCAGCAUUUUUCAUGCCGACUCAGAUGAUGAAUCAUUUUGCGGUUUUUCAGAGAGUGAGAUACAAGAUGGAAUGAGACUGCAGUUGGACAGGGAAGGCUGCAGGACUCGAAGUCAGUGCCAACACUCCGGACCACUCAGGGUAGCCAUGAAGUUCCCAGCACGAAACACCCGGCGGCCAGCCAACAAAAAAGCAGUCCCCUCAAAACCCUCUGAGAACUCUGCAAACGAUUCCCAGUCUGACUCUGAAGAGGAAGAUGGCAUGAACUUUAUGGAGAAAAGGGCUCUAAAUGUAAAGCAAAACAAAGCAAUGCUUGCAAAACUCAUGUCAGAAUUAGAAAGCUUCCCUGGCUUAUUCUCUGGAAGACAUUCCCUCCCUGGCCACAGAUCCAAAGGUUCAAAGCCACCUAGAAGGCGCACAUUCCCAGGUGUGGCUUCCAGAAGAAACCCGGAACGGAGAGCUCGACCUCUAACCAGGUCAAGGUCCCGGAUCCUGGGGUCUUUGGGCGCUCUGCCCACGGAGGAGGAAGAGGAAGAAGAAGAAGAUAAGUACAUGCUGGUGAGAAGGAGGAAGUCUGUGGACAGCUACAUGAAUGACGAUGACGUGCCCAGAAGCCGUCGCCCUGGAUCCAUGACUCUUCCACAUAUAAUUCGCCCAGUAGAAGAAGUUACAGAGGAAGAGAUCAAGAAUAUUUGCAGCAACUCUAGAGAGAAGAUCUACAACCGAUCACUGGGUUCCACUUGUCACCAGUGUCGCCAGAAAACCAUUGACACCAAAACAAACUGCAGAAACCCAGAGUGCUGGGGCAUCCGGGGCCAGUUCUGUGGUCCCUGCCUUCGAAACCGCUAUGGCGAGGAGGUCAAGGAUGCUCUGCUGGACCCGAACUGGCACUGCCCACCCUGUCGAGGAAUCUGCAACUGUAGCUUCUGCCGCCAACGAGAUGGACGGUGCGCCACGGGAGUCCUGGUGUAUUUAGCCAAGUAUCAUGGCUUUGGGAACGUGCAUGCUUACUUGAAAAGUCUGAAGCAGGAGUUUGAAAUGCAAGCCUGAAGAUUGGCCACCUGCCUUUGGGCUUCUCAAGGCUCUCUUGUUCUUGAUAUUGUCGUUGAUGGAAACCUGAAUAAGAAUCUUGGUGAGCAGUCUGUCUUAGAACGUGGUCAGGUUAAUGUUGUUAGAGUCAUACUUGUUUCUGAAACAUCAUGGAAGGCAUACUUCUAGUUACAUUUGAGCUACUGUAGUUUCCCAAAGCUUGCCCUGGCCCUACCUUGUAGCUUCUCUACUCCCGUG